GAGGGACUGACCGCUGGGAUAUAGAAACAGAGAAAGUCACUGGAAUAUUCUUUGGACCUGAACGCAUGAUUCACUCAAACCUUAAAUGUAUUUACUCCUUUUAGGUAUUUAGCUAAAACAUCUUUUGGGAACAGCAUAAUCAAACGCAAUUCAGUGUCUGCUACUGAAACAUCCAAUUCCUUUUGGCACUUUGGACAUCAAAGACUAUACUCCAAGUAUCCUUAACAAUCGGGCUGUGAAAGUCCUGUAAUAUUUACAAUGGCAGACGUCUUGCAACUCAGUAUCAACAGUCUACAGGUGCCAGGUGAAGAUAAAUCAGACUCUACAUCUCCAUCGGGUUCUCCAUUUCCUUCCAGAAAUGAGUGUAGUAUCACUCCUCUUACUCCCUCCCCCUCUCCGAGAACAGAAGUUAGACCACGUUUGGCUCGUCCAUUUUAUGUGGUGGUCGCAAUAGAUUUUGGCACCACCUCCAGUGGCUAUGCCUUCAGUUUCAUUGAAGACCCUGAGACCAUUCACAUGAUGAGAAGGUGGGAGGGAGGAGACCCUGGUGUAGCAAAUCAGAAAAGUCCAACCUGUCUUCUGCUGACCCCUGACCUACGUUUCCACAGUUUUGGCUUUGCAGCGCGAGACAGUUAUCAUGACCUUGACCCCGAGGAGGCCAGACAUUGGCUAUACUUUGACAAAUUCAAAAUGAAAAUCCACAGCACAAGUGAUCUUACUAUGGAGACUGAGCUGGAGUCUGUUAGUGGAAGAAGAGUGCAGGCCAUUGAGGUGUUUGCUCAUGCCUUGAGGUUCUUUCGAGAACAUGCUUUAAAGGAGGUGAAGGACCAGUCCUCCUCUGUGCUGGAAGGUAAUGAAGUACGGUGGGUCAUCACAGUUCCUGCCGUGUGGAGGCAGCCAGCCAAACAGUUCAUGCGAGAAGCUGCAUAUCUGGCAGGCUUAGUUCCUCCAGAUUCUCCUGAGCAGCUUCUUAUAGCUCUUGAACCAGAGGCUGCAUCAAUCUACUGCAGGAAACUGCGUCUUCACCAGGUCACUGACCUAAGCCAGCGUCCAGUAACUAAUGGUUUUGAUAUAGACGGGUCCCGUCCAUUUGACUCCAGUUUUAGGCAAGCCCGUGAGCAGCUCCGCAGAGCCAGACAUAGCCGAACUUUUCUGGUAGAGAGUGGUACUGGAGAAUUGUGGUCUGAGAUGCAGACAGGUGACCGGUACAUUGUAGCUGACUGUGGAGGUGGGACUGUGGAUUUGACAGUGCAUCAGAUUGAGCAGCCACAGGGCACUCUGAAAGAGCUUUACAAAGCCUCAGGGGGUCCUUAUGGUGCAGUUGGUGUGGAUCUUGCCUUUGAGACAAUGUUGUGCCAAAUCUUUGGCACUGACUUUAUUGACAGUUUUAAAGCUAAACGUCCAGCUGCUUGGGUAGAUCUCACUAUUGCAUUUGAAGCCCGCAAACGUACAGCAGCUCCUGGCCGUGCCAACACUUUAAACAUCUCACUGCCCUUCUCCUUCAUUGACUUCUACAAGCAACACCGGGGCCAGAGUGUGGAAACUGCCCUGCGCAAGAGCAAUAUGAAUUUUAUAAAGUGGUCAUCUCAAGGAAUGCUGAGACUCUCUACGGAGGCCACGAACGAGCUUUUUCAGCCGACCAUUAACAAUAUCAUAAAACAUAUUGAGAACGUCAUGCAGAAGGAAGAAGUUAAGGGUGUCCGUUUUCUCUUCCUGGUUGGAGGAUUCGCAGAGUCACCCAUGCUUCAACGGGCAAUUCAGAAUACACUAGGACGGAACUGCCGUAUAAUAAUUCCACAUGAUGUAGGUCUAACCAUCUUGAAGGGUGCAGUCCUUUUUGGUCUAGACCCCACUGUUGUCAGAGUACGCCGUUGUCCGUUAACUUAUGGUGUUGGGGUUUUGAACCGCUUUGUAGAAGGAAGACACCCUCAUGAUAAGCUACUCAUCAAGGAUGGAAGAGAAUGGUGCACUGACAUUCUGGACCGCUUUGUAAGUGUUGAUCAAUCUGUGGCCUUGGGUGAGGUUGUGAGGCGGAGCUACACUCCUGCUAGGAUGGGUCAACGGAAGAUCAUCAUCAACAUCUACUGCAGCGACACUGAUGACAUAACCUAUAUUACCGACCCUGGGGUGAGGAAGUGUGGUGCCAUCACGCUAGACCUACUUGAAUCAGGGGAAGCUUCAGCUAGCACUGGUGAUAACGAUAAAGGAUCAGCAUUUGAACGCAGGGAGAUUCGCACUACCAUGCAGUUUGGUGACACUGAGAUCAAAGUCACAGCAGUUGAUGUGGCAACUGGCCGACUAGUGCGGGCAUCAAUUGACUUCUUGUCUAACUAAUUCUAUUGUGGAAUGCAAGGGGUUUACCCCAUAUAAUCUCAUCGAUAAAUGACUAAAAAUAAUAGCUUUGAGGUCACAUGAGGCUGAUGUUAAAACUGAAGGAUAAACUGAAAUGUUACUGGAAUCACUUUCUUCCUGCAGUGCACCCAGGGCUGGAUUAACAUAAGGGCUAGGUGUGGCUGAAGCCUCAAGGACGAUGGAAGAAGGGGGCCUAUGAUUGGCUGAUGAAUUAAAAUGCGUCACUUUGCUUUAUGCUUUAUCUCGUCAUAAAUUGUAUUCCUUUCCAAAGUAUUAUCCAAAUAUAAUCCAAAGUAUUCCUUUCGGUUCGCUGCUGUUAAAAAACAGUGACGCUGGUGAUAACUGGGGCUUGGAGUGGUUGUAGCCCAAUCAGAAUAUUGAAUAGCCCUGUUUUAGUUGCCCAUAGGGUGAUCAGAUGUCCCAAUUUUCCCAGAACAGUCCCUUAUUUCGGCACUACCGUGAGAACCGUCCAGUCAAAGGUAGGCUAAACAAGCUUAUCGUAGAACAAAAAAAAAAAA